AUGCCGGCGGGGAGCCCGGCCCAAUUGCGCCUGCUCGACAGAUUGACGCGCCGUGUCCGAUGUCGCGAAUUCUACCCGGCUGAGGCCUCGCCGCCGUUCACCACAUUGCCAAUGCUUCGCCGCGGAAACCUGGCCAUACACCCCGAAUUCGGUGCCGGGUUGGCCGUCGGAGAGAGAUAUUUCGAGAUGGACUCAUGGAUAUGGCCGGGGCUGAAGCCCGAUCAGGCGUAUCUUGGCUCGAGUGGUCCCCGGCCUGGCGACUAUCUCGAGGUCUACUUGGACGCAUUCCAGAAGCUAAUCAACUGCCCGGUGGUGCGUCUGAUGCAGUGCUACAAUAACGAGGCGGAGUGCAUCGAAUCUCUUCCCACCAUUCCGCCACUUCUCGAACAAAUCAUCAAAGCGCCAAGAUCCGAGACAGCAGAUGGACGUCGUCUCGUCAUCAUCGAUAUUCAGACUUUCGUCACGGCGAUUCUGCCAUACGGAGCCAGACCGCCGCGGGUUGAAAUGCCUGAAUUGAGCGUUGCAUAUGAAAAACUGAUGAGGGAAGUGUGUGCGAUGAUGGAUCGAUCCCAGCUUAAUGACAUACAGCUGUACCAAGCCAAUCUGCCGAGUCUAUGGAUGUACUACAGCCGCUCACGCACUCCCACCACGGCCAAUUUGAUUAUAGCCCAGAACUACGGGUCGUCGUGGCAGGUCUACGCACAGAUAUUACAGUCGGAUACGCGAAUCCGCAAUGAAACGAUGCCGGCAUUGCGAUGUCUGUGGCCCCCGUCCAAUCGA